AAAAGGGUAGCGAAAGUACUUGAGCAGAAGUUCCUUACGGAACAGUGCAGUGGUUAUAUUUCGAUUCACAACAAUGGAACAUUCCACCGAAAUAAUCCUCACCAUAGGCGGUAUUUUCCUGGUGCAUGGAUUGAUAUUUUAUUUUCUUACUCGUAAAAAACGGAACAUCAAGGGCAAACAUGUGGUCGUCACGGGCGGUUCCAGUGGAAUCGGUAUGUGGGCAGCGAUCGAGUGUGUUCGACUGGGUGCCCAUGUUACGAUAAUCGCGAGAAAGGUGUCCUUGCUCGAAAAAGCCCUUGAAGAGCUGGAAAAAUAUCGCGUGCGGGAUACGCAAAAGCUUCAAUUCCGUUCACUUGACCUCUCCCAGAACCAUGAAGCGGUCACGCGUACCCUGGACGAACUGGAAAGCUCGGUCGGGCCGAUAUACAUGCUGGUCAACUGUGCUGGUAUGGCCAUUUGUGGUACAGUCGAAGAUACGACCAUCGAAGACGCUCACCGGUUGAUGGAUGUCAACUACUUUGCUACCUUCUAUCCGACGCGGCACGUGCUGCCGAAGAUGAAGGCGGCCGGUGACGGCAUCAUCGUCAUUACAGCGUCCCAGGCGGCACUUGUCGGUAUCUAUGGGUACGGUGCGUACGCAGCUUCGAAGUUCGCCCUCCGAGGGCUCGCCGAAACGAUCGCCAUGGAAGCAAGCCACCGUGGGGUUAGUGUAACGCUGGCCCUACCCGCCGACACGGACACGCCCGGGUUCGAAAACGAAAACCGCACCAAACCGGAGGAAACGAAGAUUAUUUCCGGUUCGGGCGGUUUGGCUAAACCGGAAGAUGUUGGCAAGCGGAUCGUGCGUGACGCACUGAAGGGAUCGUUUUUCUCCAUCCUGGGCCUGGAAAGCUGGAUACUCAGCAUCCUGUGCGUCGGUAUGGCACCGUGGAAGGGCCCGUUGCUCUGUUUCGUUCAAUUCUACCUGUUGGGACCACUGCGGUUGAUCGGUUUGCUGCUACAGUGGAACUUCCAGCGAAUCGUGAAGGGUUGUGCCAAGCGGCGACAGCAGCGCUAAGAAGCAACCACUACGCUGUGGUGACCCCGAUGCUCAGGAAUACUUAAACUGUUGACUAUCCCCACAUAAAAGCCGGUAAACGGUAGUAGCUUCAUUGAGGAAUAACGAACAAACGCACAUGGCAUUUAUUCUACAGUAUUGUAGCACUCAUCAACGAAAAUUUUACUUCAGUUUAUAUAUUCGUCCUCCAACAAACGUGUGUACAAAAAUACAGUUCAACACCAUA